UGCGCAGUGCCACGAGAGCGUCCAGUUCCCAGCCCAAGAUGAUUCCAGCAGUGGCUUUGCUGCUACUCCUUGUGGUUGAUCGAGCAGAGGCCCUGGGAGAUCCUCAGCUCUGCUAUAUCCUGGAUGCCAUCCUGUUUCUGUACGGCAUUGUCCUGACCCUGCUCUACUGUCGCCUGAAGAUCCAAGUGCGAAAGGCAGCCAUUGCCAGCUAUGAGAAAUCAGAUGGUGUUUACACGGGCCUGAGCACCCGGAAUCAGGAGACUUAUGAGACUCUCAAGCAUGAGAAGCCGCCACAGUAGCUUCAGAGCCGAUGUGGUCAUGUCCUUCUUCACCUUCCAGUUCUCCUCCCAGGCCUCAUGGCUGGCAUCACAUAUGCCUCCACGCUGUUAAUGCCAGCUGACCUGCCCCCAUAAUGGCACUCGGCCCCAAGUUAAUACACGCCAGUGGUUCCUCCUCCCUGUCAAAGACUAAUGCUCAGAUGCUAUUCAUGGGUGUCUCUAUUGUGGUCGCAUGCCCUUGUCCCACCCCUCCUCUCUUUCCCAGCCCCAACUCCCGCUAAACAACAGGAAGGGAGUGUCCCAAUAAAGCCGCCAC